GUGUGAAAUCCGCAUGCACUUACAAAAUGGGAAUAACAACAGAUUUACUGUUUCAUUUUGUUUUAUCUCCGAUUCAUGUCUGAAUGUGGUAACCCAAACGACUGUCAUUUAAUAUAAUUGUGUUCAAGUAUACAAAUACACCGUCUGGAGCUAUACAGAGCAUUUCAAAGAUGGCCCAUAGAAGUAAUGAAGAAGAUAAAAUGCCUCAUCUAAUUGAGUGUACAUCGGAUGAGUCUGAUGGGGAAACUCUCCCAAAGAGAGCCAGUAAUAUCAGUGAAGGAAUAGAUAUUUGGUUCAAACUUGCAAGAAAGGUUCGACAAAAGCAUGAGGAUGUUGCAAAGAUUCAUAUGUUAUCUUCGUUCAUGUUUGGCGAGGUCUACCAGGAUGAUCUCUGGCUAGAGUGGGCCGAGCAGUGCAAGAUUAGAUCUCCAAAUGCGGAUGAUCGAGUUGAUGAGUUGACAGAUAAGCAACUUGAGAUUAUUGACCAGCUAAUCAAAGCCAUGGACCUGCUCAGUAAACAACUGAGCAACAAGUCAUCCCUUAAGGAGGUAAUGGACUGCAUCCAAACAUGCGUAAGCAUGAAGAUGUCCUUAGAUGAUAUGCUGACACAUAUGGAAAAAUCAAAGAAAUUUUUCUCAGUUGCAUCUCAAUUAGACCUGGCUGAAAAGAGACCUUCGCAAAUGAUAGUGAUGCUGGCUGCUCUGCAAUACACUGACAGUAUUAAAAAGAUGGUGCUUGAGGGGAAGAGUCUCCCUGAUGAAUAUAAGCAAACUUGUAAUGCUGAUAAACAUAAUAUGGAGGAGUUGAAGAAGAAAGGCAAUGACGAGUUCCUGAAUGGCAAUUAUAAACGGGCAAUUACUCAGUAUACAAAAGCUAUAAAUCAGAGCCAUUUUAAUCAUGUGUUGUAUAGUAACAGAGCCCAGGCUUACCUGAAAAGUAAUGAACACCGCAAGGCAUUAUCCGACAGCAAACGCUCUAUAGUCCUAGAACCCACGUGGACAAAGGGUCACCACAGGUAUGCACAGGCCCUGUUUGAGCUUGGUAAGAAGUCCGAGGCCCUUGCAGCCAACAAGAGAGGCCUGGAUGUGUGUUCAAAGGGGGAUAAUAAGAUGGUGGAGCUAUUGGAACAACAGCGGAACACAUUCUCAAACGGAAGGAUUUCAACAGAAAAAAAGUCAAAUGAACCCAAGUUUAAGUUUGGAAGUGUUAGCAAUGGUUUCCCUAAAUCUGAUGAGAGCGACAGUGAUGUGCCUGAACUUGUGUCCUCAGACUCUGACAGUAUGGAUAGACUCACUGAUGAUGAAAUGUCUCCUGUCAAAACAAAGAAAGAAGAAAAAACUAAAACACAGCCCAAGGCAUGGAAAUCUAGAUCAGAUAAAAAGACUGAAACAGAUGAAGCCCCGCCACCUCUGCUCACAGAUUCCGAUUCUGAUGAUGAUCAUGGAAGACACAACAGGAAAUUACCACCAAGGCAGGAAGCUGAGCUUAUGAAAGGUAUAGAAGAAAGAGAAAGCAAGCGACAAGCUGAGAAAAAGCGACUACAAGCUGAGAAAAGGUGUCAACAAGUAGAUAGACUACUUUUGGAGCAGGAAAAACUGAAGAAGAAAGAAGCAGAAUUAAAAAAGAGAAAGCAAGAAGAAGCUAAAAAGCGGACAAAGAAAGUGGAAGAAGAGAGAUUACAGAAAAAAAGGGAAGAAGAGGCGAGACGGGCAGCUGAGAAGUUAAGGAAGUUAAUGACCCCAGAUGACAUUGAUCGCGAGAAAUUCAACAAUAUAUUAUGGCAGGGAAGUGAGGCCCUAAUAGAGAAGAGAUAUCGUAAUGCCAUUCAAUACUAUCAGGAAUGUCUGGAAAAAAUUGAGAAAAGAUCAGUCAAGUUCUACAAGCUUGAGGAUGAUCAAUAUCUUGUCCUGCUCUACAGUUAUGGUGUGGCAAAUGUGGACACAGGAUCACAAGUGGAAAUUUUGGAAGCAAUUUCUAAAUUUGAGCUGAUUUUGAAUCAGUACAAGCGCAUCAAGUUUCCUCUGGCAUACCUGGGACUUGGUAAAGCUAUGAUUAAACAAAACAGAUACACAGAUGCCUUGGUGCCCUUGAAUAAAGGGAUAUUUGUAGUGAAAGAUUCUGCAUCAUUUGGAGUGUACAACUGGCCUGGAACAUUGACUUUUAUAGAUGACACUCUACCUGGUAAACUUAAGAUUGCAUUUGAAUGUGCCAUGGAGACUUGUAAACACCCACCUAAACCUGAUGCCAUCUGUCGCUAUAGUGAUUGCCAUGGCUACUACAAAGUCCAGAUCUACUUUACUGAUCCUGACUUCAAGGGUUUUGUACGUACAUUAUGUUACGCUAACUGUGCAGUGGAUUUCCAUCCCACAUGCUGGAGAAAAGUGAAGUCUGCUGGGGGUGAAAAACUCUCUGACAAGGACUACCUGAAUUUGUCAUGUUUCACACCUGACUGUCCAGCUGCUAUAUAUAAGAUACAAGUCUAUGAGGAUACUGGCGAUGUCAAGAAAACAUUUGAAGCCCCUCCACUUAUACCAGAAAGAAAAAUUAUCAAACCACAGAAAAAGUUGCCUCCGUCAAGUCUUAAAGUUAUUGAAAGAAGACGUGAGCGGAAAGAGACGAGAAAACGAUUGAGAGCAGAGCAAGGAAAGAAAUCUCACUCUAUUAUUGAUGUUAUUGAUGACCUCAAAGAUGGUGCAAAUAGUGAAGCAACAAAUACUGAAAACAAAGAGAAUGACAAACCUAAUGAUAUUGGUUUUAAUGAAGCUGACACACUUCUGCCCCCCAUUGUUGACAGCAACUAUGUAACUGUGCUGAAGAAGGACGAAGAAGAGGAAGAUCUGUUUAAGGGUGUUAAGACAAAGUCUAAGAAGAAGAAAAAGGCUAAGACUCCAAGCGCAGUAUCCCUUACAGGUUAUUUCAGCCAAGGAAAGGGGCUUGAAGAUUUAGAAGAAGACAAUGGCGGAGCUGUGAAUGUAAAAUACUCAGAACUGGACAGUAAAAAUCCAUUUUCUGUCCCCGUACACCUUAAGCAAGAUAUUGCCAAGUUUGAGAGUGAAUACAGACCCCCGACCACCGCUGAAGUAUUACAGGCCAGGAACCUGGAUAAACUUCCAUCGGAAACAAUCAAUAUUCAGGAGAAUUUAUUCUCGUUCUUUGCUGGUUACUUGAAGGAACAUGGUCCCGUUGCUCUAGAUGACAUACAGCUACAACGUGAACUUGAUCUGUUCCCUGCCGAGGCUUUGGAGCUUAUUAAAUCUACUGGUGGACUUGGACGAUUUCUCAGGCAAUCCCUCCAGUUUGCUCUCAUGGACGAUGUUGUGUGCCUUAUGACUGACGCUGUUCAUGCGAAAAAAAUUGCAGAACAGCGUAAGCAAACAUUACGACAGAGUCAACUUGGACUUGACAAUUUCCCUGAGAUGGGAAGCAUAUCAAAUGCUAGUGUUAAUGUGGCACGUCAGGCCUCACUUGGCCUGGAGAACUUUCCUGAGAUAGGAAGUGCCCCUAAUGCUGGUGCUAGUAUUGCAUUCACACAGCAAAGUGUUAAUUCCCCUCGUGGUAUCAUGCCAACAAAACCAAUACCACGGCGGGAUAGCACAAGUAGCACAUCAAGCAGUUUGAAUUUUCCACCUUUCUCGGAGAUAUCUUCUGAACAUAGUUCCAGAUCAAACUCACCCGGAGCACCAAUCUUACCUGAUGGGAAACAACCACUUGGGAAUACAUCUAGGAAUACCCCUGUGCGUAAUCCAAGCCCAGGAUUAGGGCCCAUAUCAAAACCCCCAGGCAUUGUCAGUAACCCAAGCAUUAUAAACAAUCCCUUGAGUGCCACUGUAAGUUAUCUGAACAAUGGUCGGAACACAAACAAUGGUUUUAACCCAAAUGUGAACUUUCAAAUCAAUGGUAGCAACCAGAACAAUAGUCAUAAUAUAAACAAUGGUUUCAACUCAAACAGUGUGUAUGAUCAGAGCAGUGAUGACAAACAAAAGAAUGGAAAUACAAAUGUGAACAAUUUCCCAUCAGUGCAUUCAAGUUUAGAUUGGACUUCUAGUGAUCUAGUUACGGAAAAAAAGACAAAUACUGUAAUGACGUUAGGUUCAAUAGCAGAUACUGUUGUGAAAACCUCAAAUCUUGGGGAAGUAUUGAAUCCUCUACAGACACUGCCAAAUGCAGAAAUGACUAAAUCUUUUUCUAAAAGUGCAGAUCCAAAAACUAAAUCCAAUGAUAAGAGUCCUGGUUUGGGCUCUGAAAAUUUCAAAACUACUGAUUUAAACCAACCUAUAGGAGACAUAGGGAAAAAUAUUACACCUCCUAAUGUACCUGGUUUAAUAGAUCCAGAGACUCUAUACUCUGCCGAUCCCUUAGACAUUCUAGGCCCAGAUAGCAAAGGGAAAGGUCUGGAAAUGACAUAUGACACUCCAUCUGUUAAUACUUCUAACAAUAGCAAUGGAAGCAACAAACCAACCAAUGCAGACAUUGACACUGUCAAAGCAAAAUCUCCAAGCUUCGGUACAUCUGAUGAGAAAGAUAAAGAGGCAGUUGUGGAGGAUUUGCAGCGUCAGAUUCAGAUGAAACUAGCCGAGAAUAAAGCCACAGAGGUUUGUGAUGAGAAGAUAAAAGAACCCGAUCACCUAGGAAAUGAAAGGAAUAAUGAGGGCACUCCAACUGUUAGUGAAGAGAAUGCCACUAAACCUACUGACGCUAAAAGUGAAGAAAUCACAAGUAACGAAAUAGACAACAACAUGAAUAGUGAAAUUGAACAAGACAAAACAAUUGAAAAAACUCUAGAAAAUGAUUCUGAUAUUGAAACUAUACAUGCAUGGAGUAAAUUACCGGAGGUUAAAUAUACAUUGGGUACUUUUGAAGAUGAAAUAUCUCAACUAAAACAGAGCUUAAUAGGAGGUAAACCUGAAAUGUAUGCGAGAACUUCAAACCUAGGUGUAGAAUCAUGCAAAGAACAAAAACAGGCCAUGUCUGAGAACUGGGAUACAAUGAGCCCUAAAAGACUUGAUGAGAAAAUUGAGAGCCCUCCUGGGCAUGAAAACAACAAAGACACUGCUUUGCAGUCUAGAUUUACUCAGCAAAACUUUAUGGAGCAAUCUUCAUAUUCUUUGUUUGGAAAUGCAGGAUCAAUGAACCAGUCAGGAUUCAAAAUGAUGGACAAGUAUGAAAGUAUUGGUUCUAAAUUAGAUUCUGGAUUUGGUGAUUCUCAAGACUCAUUUAAAGCAAAUCUGUCACCUUUUGGAACUAGAAUGAAUUACAAAACGCCAUCUAUUGAAGGUAGUGAGAACUGGGACCAUGAAUCAUUGUCAAGUUUAAGUUCCCGUAAUUCAUCCCAUAGUGACAUCAGAUCUGUUUCUGCUAUUGGAGUUAUUGGUGACAAAUCCUCUAGAUUGAAGGCAUCUGCUCUGGCAGAAUCAGAUCUUGGAACUCAAAAGGUAAACCUUGAUCUGGAGGAGCCUGCUGUACAACUUGACGAUGAUCAUGAAUUUGCACGGGAGCAAACGGAGUUGAUUAUGAGAAAUUUAUCUGGUCACAUAGCCUUUAAUGACCCUUCUGUGUAUAAACAAGUUUACAAUGACAUUCUUAAGGAUUUAAAAAACCCAUUAUCCACAAAAACAAAAUCUGAGGAAUCUAAAUUGAAUAACCCUGAAACAAUUGUGAAAUCCCUCCCAGGUCCUGAAUGCGACAAAGCUACUCAGGCAGCCCCCAUUGUAUGUAACAAAGCCUGUAAUACUCUCAUAUAUGAACCUUAUAAACAUGAAUAUUUGGAACUGUUGAGAGAUCGCGAGAACAUGGCUGGUCAUUUACAGACCACUCUAGAUAAGUAUACCCAGUUACAGAAUGCAACGGGUAUGGAGAUAAGAAUGUUGAAGCAGUCUGUUGAUGAACUACAAUGCACCAAAGAGGAAUUAGAAAGGGAGCUAAAGGACACAACUAAGUCACUUAAGGAUGUAACAAAGAAGCAUAAAGAUGACAGGAAGGCCUUUAGUGAUGAAGUACAAGCAGUUAGGACUGAAAUCAAAGCACUUAAACCUCAACAAUUGAAGCUACAGAAUGAUAUUGCUGCCAGAGACCAGGACAUAAGUAAGUUAAAGGUUGAGUUGAGGGAUGCAAAGGGUGUCCACCAGGCUGUCAUGUCACAGUUGCAGGAAGAGAAACUUCUAGAAUGUUCCAGAGCUGAACAUGCUGAGGUGGAGGUGCUGCAGCUUAAGAGAAACAUUAAUAUUGAGAUGCAUGACAGGAGCAUCAAAGAGGCAGAUACCAGACUAUCACAGUUAGUCUCUAUGCUGAAAAAGGUACAAGAUUCUAACCAGCCUGUUCCGCCACCUUGGAUGAAAUUAUUGACUGACUGGAAGGCCAGGGCAGAUAAUCUUAGGAGCACAAAGGACAACAUUCUGGCAGUGUUUGAUGAGCAGAUUAAACUAGUUAAGUCUGGAAAAAACCUAGGCACACUCCCAGAAUUGAACAUACCCCCUCCACAACCUCCAUCUGAAUUCAUGAUGCGACCCCCUGUACCAUUGACUGCCAUGCCAGCUAGGAGGAUGGGGCCUCCACUAUCCAUGCCAUUGCGCCCCUCUGGUGCCACACCCUCUGGUAUACAGAUGCCCCCAGGAAUUACUCUACCAUCAAGUGCUUCCAUGCCUUCAAUGCAUGGGCCCCCAAGUGGAAGUGUAACACCCCCACCCUAUAUAUCCUUACCUCCAGGUGGUGUCAUGGCACCGCCAAAAUCAAGCUUUGAGAAAAUCAUGUUGAGGAUUCAGUCCAUGUUUCCUAAAUAUACAAGGACAGAGAUCACAAAAUUCAUUCAGGAUGUCCGUGCGGCACGGAGUGGUUCACUCUCAGGGAUGAGUCUUGAUGACAUCAUCCAACAUACCACAGAGCGUAUCUUACAAUGUCAAGUCACUAAUCAACAGGGAGGUGCUGUUAAGUCCCCGCCACCAGUAUUCACAAUGACUAGAGACCCCCGGAUGCCUGACCCCCCUUACCCCUCUCAAAGGAGCCGUGAAGCAACCCCUACCCAGGAGAUAUUCCAUGAGGAAGAGGACCCAUGUAUAAUUUGUCAUGAUGAGAUGACCAUACAGACAUCCCUGCUGUUGCGCUGUGGACAUAGAUUUCACGAGAGUUGUAUUAAGACUUGGUUCAAAGAACAGAGCACCUGUCCUACAUGUAGAGUAC